AAAGCUCCAACCAUGGCUGAAAUAAGGCUACGAUUGACUGAAAAUGAAAUGUCCACCAAUGGCAGGAGUGGGUCUGUUGCAUGGUUGAUUGAGGGUAUCAAUAUAGAAAAUGCUCAAGAUGCCGUGAGAGCUUCUAUAAGACAACUACCUGAGCAUCCAACUGCUUCUCAGAGAACUGUUAUAGAAGAAAAAAGACAGAAGCUCAUGUCCCGCAUUAAUAAGUUCGACAGGACUGCCAUGGUUAUGACUAAUGGUAUGGAAUUAGAGGGGGGGGAAGGAGUGCCACAGGAUGACCCUGAACUGUGCCUGGAGGAGGCUGAUGGUCCGAAUUUUCCAAGCAUUGAAGAUCCAGAGGAGGACAGUAUUUUGGAUCCAGAGGGUGAGGUUGACUUACCUGCAGAAGUUGCCAAAGUUUGGAUGCCAUCAUGGGCAGCAACUGAUACCAUCAUGGAUGACAUUAUUGUGGCAUUACGUCAAGAAGAACUCAAGCUUCAAAAGGGUCAAGCAAAUGACUGCUUGGAAAAGCUUCGUCAAGCCUUGGGUGACAGAUCAGUGGUGUUUCGAGAGAAAAUACACUCCAUCCAUCACCAGGGCACUAGAUCAAAAAAGGAACUUCUACAAAUCACUCUGUCCAUCAACAAACAGGCCCGAGGAUAUCGUCGGUCAAGGGCAGCAAUGCAAUGUUUGGGGGCUGAUUCUGAUACACUGGCAUUGUAUCAACCCCUAAAGGCUCAGGACCUUGUAGUGAGCAAAGAAGUCACAGAGGAAAACAGGCAUGGUCAGGGUUCUGAUAGACUGACUUAG